UUCUCGGCCUAUUGUGAUGCGUUCUCCCCGCAAGGGUCGGAACCUUUCGUUAACCCUCUGAGGGGGUCCGACGGAAUGAUUUGGAAGACGGACCAGAGGGGACCAACUUUUGGUGCUGAAGAAGGCAUGGCGGGAGCGGGAACCGAUUUAAAGUCCUCGGUGCUGAAGCACCGGCGCACGACCCUCGAACGAGCGGAAAAGUUUAUUUCGCAGGAUUAUUUUGUGGAUUGUAACCUCCGGGGAAGACUGUUUGGCGACACGUGUGCAUUGGCCUCUUUGUCUUACUUUGAAACUUCUAAACGAAUUCCAUACAAUGAAGCUAUCCGAGAAGAAUUCAGCCCUAUUAAAGUUGGAGAUAGUUUUGGACAGACGUGGCACACCUGUUGGUUUAAAGUAGAACUCAGCAUUCCCAAGAAAUGGACUGGAAAGGAAGUGCAUCUUCUUUGGGAAAGCGACGGAGAAGGAAUGAUUUGGAGGGAUGCUCAGCCCGUUCAGAGUUUGACUCGAGAAGGUGAGAAGACCACUUAUAUGCUGACGGACAAUCUAAAGGAGACCGACUCUCACAGCUUCACCCUCUAUCUGGAAGUUGCCUGCAACGGUCUCUUCGGAGCUGGGAAGGGCAGCAUGAUCGCACCCCCAGACCCGGACAAAACGUUCUCCUUGAAUAGAGCAGAGCUGGUGGUUUACAACCAGGAUGUCUAUGAGCUUCUGGUGGACUUCGAAAUCCUCUUGGACAUGGCCAAGCUCCUCGGAGAGGAAAACCAGCGGAGCUUCCAAGCGCUUUACGUAGCGAACCAAAUGGUGAACCUGUGUGAUGUCAACAACCCGGCAACCUUCCCUGCGGUGCAUGAACUGGCCCGCUCUGUUUUCUGCCAGAAGAACGGAGAUAGCCAGCACAUCAUCCAUGCCAUGGGCCAUUGCCAUAUUGAUUCUGCUUGGCUGUGGCCUUACGAAGAGACGAUUCGUAAAUGUGCACGCAGCUGGGUAACUGUCAUACGGCUGAUGGAGAAGAACCCGGACUUCAUAUUUGUCUGUUCACAGGCCCAGCAGUUUGAAUGGGUGAAGACCUAUUACCCUGGCUUGUAUGCUACAAUUCAAGAAUUUGCAAAAAAAGGACGCUUCAUACCGGUUGGGGGAACCUGGGUAGAAAUGGAUGGAAACCUUCCAAGUGGAGAAUCCAUGAUUCGCCAGUUCCUGCACGGGCAGCGUUUCUUCCAGCAGGAAUUUGGGAAGCUGUGCUUAGAGUUCUGGCUGCCUGACACAUUUGGUUAUUCAGCACAACUGCCACAAAUAAUGCGUGGCUGUGGGAUACGUCGUUUCUUAACUCAGAAGUUGAGCUGGAAUCUGGUGAAUACUUUCCCGCACAACACUUUUUUCUGGGAAGGCAUGGAUGGAUCCCGGGUUUUGGUUCACUUCCCUCCUGCAGAUUCCUAUGGAUUGUCCGGUCGUGUGGAUGAGAUGUUGAAAACGGUGAAGAAUAAUAAGGACAAGGGCCGUGUGAAUCACAGUGUCGCUCUGUUUGGCUUUGGAGAUGGAGGAGGGGGCCCUACCCAGAAGAUGCUGGACAGGCUACAGAGGAUGAAGGAUACAGAUGGUCUACCCAGGGUUCAGAUGUCUGUCCCAGAUCAAUUUUUCUCUGCCCUGGAGAAGGAAAAGGCUCAGCUCUGUACUUGGGUUGGAGAACUGUUUUUGGAGCUGCAUAACGGCACCUACACAACUCAUGGGCAGAUUAAAAAGGGAAACAGGGAAUGUGAGCGUUUACUCCAUGACAUCGAGAUCCUGAGUAGUUUGGCUCUGGUGCAGAAACGUUCUUUCCGGUAUCCUUCUGCUCAGCUUCAACACCUUUGGAGGCUCCUGCUCUUGAAUCAAUUCCACGAUGUCUUGCCAGGCAGUUGUAUCCAGCUUGUAGCAGAGGAUGCCAUGCGGUACUACUCAGAAAUUCGCAGGUCUGGAGCCCAGCUUCUGAAAGAGGCCGCCCAUUCUUUGUGCGGAGAACUGUUGGGCAGCAAGGACCAGAGCAACGAUACCAUCCUGGUUGUCAACACUUUGCCAUGGGAAAGAACCGAAGUCGUUUCCAAAACUGGACCGCAAGGAACUGAGACUUUAGCUUUGGUUACACUUCCCAGCCUGGGUUUCUGUGCUGUUGAAGAGCCAUUAUCUCCUCCACAUCCUGUGACCGUCAGUAAAGAGGCAGAUGGUUCUGUGACGUUGGCCAAUGGUAUCAUCCAAGCCUGCCUCGAUCCUUUGGGACGGAUGGUGUCCCUUUCUUUACUACACCCAAAAAGAGAGGCUGUUCCGGAGGGUUGCCGGGCCAACCAGUUUGUGAUCUUUGAUGAUGUCCCUCUGUAUUGGGAUGCCUGGGAUGUGAUGGAUUAUCACCUGGAGACCAGGAAGCCCAUCACCCAUCUCCUAAAACCCCUGGAAAUUUCCACCCCGGGCGGCCUGCGGGGCAGCGUGACUUUCUCCCUGCAGCUCAGCGAGAGGAGCAUCCUAACCCAAGAGGUCAUCCUGGAUGCGGCGAGCCCUUACAUCUCCUUCCGGACUCAGGUUGACUGGAACGAAGCUCACAAGUUCCUCAAGGUGGAAUUUCCAGCCAAGGUUCGGAGCCCAAAUGCCACUUACGAGAUCCAGUUUGGCCACUUGCAGAGACCGACGCAUUGGAACACGUCCUGGGAUUGGGCCCGGUUUGAGGUGUGGGGUCACAAAUGGGUAGACUUGUCCGAGCACGGCUUCGGGGUUGCCCUGUUGAACGACUGCAAAUAUGGCUGCUCGGUCCACGACAACGUGAUGAGUUUGUCCCUGUUACGUGCUCCGAAGUCCCCUGAUGCUACUGCAGAUAUUGGACGUCACCAGUUUACCUAUGCAGUGAUGCCUCACCUGGGUUCUUUCCAAGAAGCUGGGGUAAUCCAGCAGGCCUACAGUUUGAAUUUUCCCCUUCAUGUCAUGGAGGGCGUUCCUCCUGGGCCGUGUCCAGUCUGGAGUGCCUUCUCUGUCCUGUCUCCAGCUGUUGUCCUGGAAACAAUAAAGCAGGCUGAGGACAGACCAGACGCCUUGGUCAUCCGACUUUACGAGUCCUACGGCAGCACCGUGGACACCUGGCUUCAAAUGGGCUUCCCGAUUCAAGAGGCAGUCGUGUGUGACUUCCUUGAAAGGCCUGAUCCCAACACCUCCUUGGUUCUGGAAGAAGAUCGGUUGAAGCUUUCUUUUCGGCCCUUCCAAAUACUCUCUAUCCUGCUGGUCUUGAAAGGACAGAGCAGGGACUGAGGCUUACAACAGACUGCCUGCGAUGAACUGGGGCAUGGCACAGAGGCCUGGUUAGACCGGGCUUGGUAGCUCAGCAGACUAAAAGCAUUGUGAUUAACACCAGCUGUCUGCAAUUACUGUAAGUUCGAAUCUCACCAGGCUCAAGGUUGACUCAGCCUUCCAUCCUUCCGAGGUAGAUAAAAUGAGGACCCGGAUUGUGGGGGCAAUAAGCUGACUUUGUAUAAAAAAGAACACCGCUUGGGGGGCGCGAAAGCCCUACUAAACAGGUAUAUACAAAAGUAUGAAGGCUAUUGCUUAACGCAUUGUAAGCCGCCCUGAGUCUCCGGAGAAGGGCGGCAUAUAAAUCGAACCAAUAAAUAAAUAAAUAAACUUUUAAA